AUGGCAGAUACGUUCCGCCUGCGAGAUACAGAGCGGUGGACGUCGCAGGCUGACUUGAAACUACGCUGGAGCAACAGGAAGUCCAUUUUGUGCGUGCAUAGUUCAUCUGCAGUUGUCAGUUGUGCAGGUAUUGAUUAUAAGACUACAACUAUACUUCUGGAUGGCCGACGAAUCAAGCUACAGCUCUGGGAUACAUCAGGGCAAGGGAGAUUCUGCACCAUAUUUCGGUCUUACUCAAGAGGUGCUCAGGGUGUAAUACUAGUGUAUGACAUUACAAAUCGUUGGUCAUUUGAUGGAAUCGAUAGAUGGAUAAAAGAAAUAGAUGAGCAUGCUCCUGGUGUACCAAAAAUCCUGGUUGGAAAUCGCCUUCACUUAGCCUUCAAGCGCCAAGUGUCUACUGAGCAAGCACAAGCCUAUGCUGAGAGGCUGGGCAUGACUUUUUUUGAAGUCAGCCCACUUUGUAAUUUCAAUAUUACAGAGUCCUUUACUGAGCUUGCAAGAAUAGUAUUGAUGAGACAUGGAAUGGACAGGCUCUGGAGGCCAAACAAGGUACUGAGCCUGCAAGACCUUUGUUGCCGUGCCAUAGUUUCUUGUACCCCUGUGCAUCUUGUUGACAAGCUCCCUCUCCCUGUUGCCUUAAGAAGCCAUCUCAAAUCUUUCUCCAUGGCCAAUGGCCUUAAUGCCAGGAUGAUGCAUGGACGCUCGUAUUCCCUCACAUCCAACAACAUCAGCAAAAGGAACAGCUUAAAGAAAGCUAAAAUUAUCCGUCCACCACAGAGCCCACCAAAAAACUGUACAAGAAACAGCUGUAAGAUUUCCUAAACUCUCUGUGGGAAAAGGAAUCUGGAUGGAAUCCCCUCAUGUGGAGUGUUGGAACACAAGGACUCUUUGUUUAAUAGUUGAGCAUAUUCUAUGUGUGUAUCACAUUGCAUAGACAAAAAUAAGAAAGAAAUCUUAUUUUAGAGCUUGCUCACUAAAGUAAUGCUGCUUUGGAAUGAAUGACAUGUGAAGUGCAAAGUGCAACUGAAAGGAUGUGGCAUUUUGCUGUUGGAUUUUCAUACUGUAUUUUAGUUGUUGAUGUGCAUGACGCCAUUGUUUUUACUAGUAGAUGUGUUUUUAUAUAGGGAAUAAUUAUAAUUAUUCUGAGUUCUUAAUUAUAUGAAAUCUGGAAAGUGACUUACUGUGUAUAUAAAAACCUGUGUUAUUUGCAAACUUUAUUCAAAAACACAAAAGAGAGUAGUUGGUUUGCAUAUUCAGGCAGAGGUUUUUAAAUGCAUUGUAUUGUAUAGAUUGUAAAUUCCACAAAUAGUGUGACAAAUUCUAGUAACAUUGCAAUUGUGCAUUUGGACUUUUGCAUUUUGGACUUCCUUGAUAGCCUCGAAGCACUAACUUACUAAGCUAAAAAUGUGUAUAUAGUUGUUAUGCACAUAUACAAUAAGGUUUUUGUCCCAUUAGUGUAUGAAAUAGAUUUGAUAAAGUUUUUGGUAUGUUAUUUAAUACUUUGGGGGGAUUAAUUUGUGGUUUAUAUACUUAUUUUUCUGUACAAAUCUACAUUUUUAUACCACUCUACAGGAAAGUUCUAGGAAGAAAAUGCCAAAGACACUGUGGUAAAGGGAAUGUGACUUAAAAAGCUGCUUUAUAAGAAAGAACACUAUUUAAAAAAAAAUAAAUGUUUCUGGAAAAGAAA